AAGAUGGCGACGUCCAUGGGUGAAAAGGGAGUCGAAAUGUAAAACGAAAGGUAUAUUUGCUUGGAAGAGAACUUACAAUCAACAUCAUGUUUGCUUUGACCGUGAUGCCGAAGUCAGCAGUUGCUUCUCUGCUGAGACUCAGCCGGCUUGACAUCUUGCAGCAGUUACGGGGACUUUCCCUGUCGUCUUCACAUCACAUUGACAGUUUCAUUGAUAAGGAAUUUGAAAAAGCAGAGACUAACUUGGAUACUGAGACACUUGAUGAUCCAUAUACUUUGCUUAAGAAAUUGGAGAGGGAUCAAAGACGAAGGAUUCUGGCAGCGGACAGAGCACGGACGUCACGUUUGUUUAAACCACCAACAGAACCUCGUACCCUAAGUUGGGAUACAAUUGAGCAGAUACGCUACCUGAAACAGGAGAAUGGUGAAGAGUGGACCACAAAGAAAUUAGCCACAAGUUUUGGGAUUUCCCGGGAUUUGGUUAUCAAGGUGUUAAAGAGCAAAUUUGCACCAACAGAGAAGACUAGGAUGAAACAAAAUGAGAAGGUGAAUCUUCUUGCCGGAUAUCUCCCGGAAAAGACUUCCAGGAAGACUAAAUUCACAGGCACUCAGAGAGCCCUGGAGUCUUCUUUUACAAAAGGACAACAAGGAGGCAAGACUAGAAUUACUUUACCAGCGUCUUCAAACCACUUUGCUCCAAACCAAAACCCUGCUGAAAAAGAUACUUUCCCACCACAACAGAGAAUAACUGAUGAGAAAACAGUCAAUAAGAGUGCCUUGGGGGCACAUUCUAGAGCGUACUCGAGGAAGGCCCCACUCCAGAGUAACCCAAGAUCAAAAACAUAUAGUCAAAAUGUAACUUUUGAAGAGAAAAACAAUCUUACAAUCAGUGACAAGUAUUCUCUCGUUGAUACACGGGCAAGAGGGAAGAAGUCAUUUAAUGGAACCAACAAAUUUCAAUUGAAAGAGAGAACUGAAGAUGAGUUGCAAGAAAGUGAAGUGGAGGAGGAACUGAACAUUGAUAUGGAGAAGCCAGAGACCUACAUGUAUGUUACUGAGGGAUCUGGUCCAACUACAUGUAAGAUCAUUCAAAGGGGAAAUGAGUUCUUUGAUGAAAAUGGUGAGUUUUUGUACCGCUUGUAGACACUUAAAGACACUGGACACAUUGGUAAUUGGUCAAAGACCAAUCUUCUCACUUGGUGUAUAUA